UCCUACGCACGUUGUGAUGGCGAUGCAAAAUUCCGCCCAUUUGUCAGCUUUAAAUACAUUGAACUCAGUCUGUUUGGGAAAGCCUGAGUUCUGCACAAUACUUGCUCUCGGCAAAAGACGUUAUAGUGAAAAGGCUGCCCUGUCAUCUGAAACGACACUGCCAGCUUCCAACAUGUCUUCUGCUGCACCUCGUGCCCCCAUCCCUACCCCUGAUGUUGACUCUACCUCACAACAACAACAACAACAACAACAACAACAACAGCCAGCUCCACAAACUACGCCUCCGUCUGGACAGGGAUCCGGGCGGAACCUGUGGGCAAAAUCGAGCGCUAUAGGAUCCAAAUGGCACAAUGUAGCUCAACUUAUCAUGAAACGGCAAAAGGAAGAAGCAGAGGAUCACAAGCAUGACUUAUUCCAGGAUUACGAGGUUGGCGAGGACUGCCCUAUUGUUUUCGGAGGCACGAAAGAAAAACACAUUGAUGAAGAGCUUCACGAAAAAUCAACGGAAAAGACGAGAAAGUCUCGCAAAUUCCUGAAGAGGGCCAUGACCGCGGCAUCAGAGGUGGAAGCAGGUUCUGCGCAGCCUUCUGCCUCGUCUGUGCCUAUGAAAGACCGAACAACUGUGGAAUACCAGAGGGUCCUGGUGGAUGGAGAGGGAAUCGCAGGGGUUCCACUUCGUGACCUACAAGAUGCAUCCAAAGGUUUGCUAGAAGCACUGUCCAUCAGGGAAAAAUACAUGCGUCUCAACUUUCAAAGCUACCCCAAAACAACUUCUCGCUACUUGCGCAUGGUAGACAACGAACCGACUCCGAACGAGAGCGACUUUACAGGUGUUGAUGAGGACACCGAUUGGGCAGGGAAGUACGGCGAUCCUUUUCGUUGUCGCAACGUACCGGAGAACUUAAACUACCCUUACAAAAUGGUGGAAGGUGUGGUGUACGUGUAUAAGGAUGAUACCAACAUGAAUGCCGGGCAGCCCAUAGACCUACCUUACCCCGACAAGGAUGCCUUCCUGAAAGACUACAUGCUGAUGCUGGCACUGAUGAGUGAUGGACCAAUAAAAUCCUUCUGCUAUCGCCGACUUCAGUUUUUAGACUCCAGGUUCAAGAUCCACCAACUUCUGAACGAACUUGCCGAGUCGGCAGAGACAAAGCAAUCCCCACACAGGGACUUCUACAAUGUUCGGAAGGUGGAUACACACAUCCACGCGUCGGCCUGUAUGAACCAGAAGUCUCUCCUCAACUUCAUGCGGACUAAAAUUAAUCAGUUUGGCGGAGAAAUUGUCAUCAAAGCUGAUACCAAGGAAAAGACACUAAAAGAGGUUUUUGACGAAGAAGGUUUAACAGCGUACAAUUUGACAGUGGACAGUCUGGAUUGCCAUGCAGAUAGGCAAACCUUUCACCGUUUUGACAAGUUCAAUUCUAAGUACAACCCGGCAGGGUGCGGCAUUCUGCGGGACAUCUUCAUCAAGACAGACAACUUUAUCCACGGCCGGUACUUCGCAGAGAUAGUGAAGCAAACCAUGUCUGAGCUGGAGUCCAGCAGGUACCAGUACGCCGAGCUGAGGCUGUCCAUCUACGGCCGGGCCAUGGACGAGUGGGACAGGCUGGCCGACUGGUGCGUCACCAACAGAGUGUUCUCCAACCAAGUCCGCUGGAUGGUCCAGAUCCCUCGACUAUAUGAUGUAUAUCGUUCCAAAGGAUCCAUGCAGAAUUUCCAGCAGAUGUUGGAUAACGUCUUCUUGCCUCUGUUUGACGCCACUAUAAACCCACAGAAGCACCAGAAUCUGCACAUCUUCCUGAAUUAUGUGACAGGAUUUGAUUCAGUUGAUGACGAGUCAAAGGCAGAGCGCCACCUGUUCAACCAGCAAAGCCCAACCCCGGAUAAGUGGACCAUGAAAGACAGUCCUCCGUACACCUAUUACAUGUACUACAUGUAUGCCAACCUGGUUGUUCUCAACCACCUCAGAAAGCAGCGGGGUAUGAGGACGUUCAACCUGCGGCCACACUGCGGGGAGGCAGGAGAUGCUCGUCACCUGGUCUCAGCGUUCAUGCUGUCUGAAAACAUUUCUCAUGGACUCAAUCUGAAGAAGAGCCCAGUUCUGUACUACUUGUUUUACUUGGCGCAAGUAGGAAUCGCGAUGUCACCUCUGAGCAACAACAGCCUGUUCCUGGAUUAUAACCGCAACCCUCUGUACGAGUAUCUGUCCAGAGGACUCAACAUCUCACUCUCAACUGAUGAUCCUCUGCAAUUUCACUACACAAGGGAGCCACUGAUGGAGGAGUAUGCCAUAGCUGCACAAGUCUGGAAGCUGACCAACUGUGACAUGUGUGAGAUAGCCCGGAACAGUGUGGCUAUGAGCGGUCUGUCCGAAAAGAUGAAGAAGCACUUCUUGGGAGAAAAGUAUCGUGAGAAGGAGGGCCCUGCCGGAAACACCGUCCUCAAAACCAACAUCCCCAACAUCAGAGUUGCCUACCGUUUUGAGACAAUGACGGAAGAGCUCGCAUUGCUUUGCAACGGGGCAAAAGUGUUUGACUAGCGACAUUUGCCAGCCCCUGUAUUUAGGAAAUAUAACUCAUUCAAGGUGCAUUAUAUGUGGACUUGGAGUGAACUUGAGCUUUAAGUACAGAACAAAUGCAACUGUUACGGAAUAGUUCCUAACACGUGUUACACAAGAUUUAUUUUCUUCAUAAUAGAUUUCGUAUCAUGUACAUGUCUAAACGCUUUAGAGAAAGAAACAUUUUUGUUGAAAUGACUUUGAAAUGAUUCAAAGAAAGUGAAAAGCAAAUGAUUGUGUUUCUAACUUUACCCCUUAGGCUUUGCACAGUUAUGACAUUUUCAUGCGUCCCAAAUCUGAUCAGUGUUAGAUCUGAGCCCAGCUCUAAGACUAGCCACAUGGGCAGUCAUGAAGCGACCAGUCGAUCUGACUGUCAUCUAUUUCUACCAAUAGCAAGAUCGUUAGUAUCAAUGUAACGUCAAGCAAGUCCCACAAUUCCACCGGGUACCCUUUGGCCACCACAUGGUGUUAUCGACGACGUUUCAAGGCUGCUCUAAACGUUUAGAUGUCUGAAGUGUCCAUGGGGAUUACUGGUGCUGCAUCAUUAAAAAUAAUUCAUCACCGUUUGUUUAUGGAAAAUUGAACUCUUCAGGUUCCCUGCUUCUUUACAGUUGACAGGACAAAAUGUUGUUGUCCAGUGUACCAUGUAACGCACUGGUAACAAAUGCAGCAACCACCUCUGUCCGACGCCGUGUAAAAGCCUUGACUGACAGUCGCCACCAUGUUGCAAUGGGGUCCUUGUCUACUAUUGCACGGAAACGAGUCAUGACUCACGGACACAUCCUAUAUGAAAAGUUCUAGUUCAUAGUCUGCAAACUUCCUGGCGCGAUUUCUGGACAAUGCUGGUUGCUGGUUAUCUGAGUAGUUAAGUAGCCUGUUCCUUUUAACCAGCCUUUAUUCCCCGUUGAUUACAGAGAUAAUAGUUACAUUUGGAACCUAUGCAAACAAUUUUGAUGGAAAGUUGACUGUUAUUUCGUCUCUUGAAAACAUCAGCGAUGGUGCAGGAAGACAUCCAAGUAUUUAUGGCUCGUCCGACUGUAGGAGAAGUCUGAAUUUUCAUAAUGCUUAUUAAUAUAACAAGGGUAAACCACAUUAUAGUGCGGCAAACACAAACCGCAACCUAUACAACGUGUUAGUUGUAACUUAAAAAGUUCGUUUGUGUUGGUAAAAGGCAUCCUGGAUCAAUGUUGAAUUGUCAUAUCCAACCCAAAAAAUCACGUAAGACUCGAUGGGUAGAUUUCCAGGUAGAUUUACCGGUGGCAUAAGAUAGCAUCAAAGUGGCCUGCUGACCCCUUUGGCCGGCAAUAUCUUUGGCCAGUAUCUUAUGCCACUGGUAAAUCUGCUUGGAGAUUAUCCAUGGGCACAGCCGCUAUUUUGCCUUUUCUUCACAAAGGGCACUUCAAAGCAAGUCCCGAUGGGACCAAAACAAAUAUUUCUGUCAUUCUGUUGGGAUAUUCCAUAACCAUUGCGCCGAUGACUUUCUACGCCGGGCCACAAAUACUUAGAAGUCUCUACUCAAGGGAGAGUUCGAGAUAUUUGCGUGUGAUCUAUAUUGGUGUGUUAAGGCAUGUUGGAAGCUGGCUUAAUUUUAUACAUGUGGUGGAAAUAAAUCUCCAGCAAACCUG